AUGCCUUUGAAUAACUAUACUCCAUGUAUGAACGUUGACCAAAGAAGAGAUGAAACAGAGCUUAUUACAAGUUAUUUUCAACAAGGUUUCACUAACGUUGAAAAACUGGAAUUCCUCAAGCUACAUGGAAUAGAAUUUAGCUCAUCGACCCUUAAAAGAAGGCUGCAAAGUCUUGGUCUUCGAAGACGUAUACCAGCUGAUGAACAAGUUUCACAAGAAGAUAUUGAACGUAUGGUUGAACACGAAUUAUCUGGGAGUAAAUGCAACGUUGGAUAUCGGAAAAUGUGGAAACACGUAAUGACCAAGUAUGGCAUUGCCGUUCAGAGGGAUGUUAUUCGAAAAUGCUUGGUAAAAUUAGUUCCUCGAGGCGUUGAAAGUAGAAAUAAGAUUAUUCAUCCAGGGGUCCUAACCAUAUAUGGCACAUUGACGGCCAUGAUAAGUUGAAACCUUUUGGAUUCAGUAUACAUGGAUGCAUCGAUGGAUUUUCAAGAAGGCUGAUUUGGCUUGAAGUGGGUCCAACAAAUAAAAAUCUGAAGUAAUUGGAAAAUAUUACCUCGAUGCCAUACUACCAAUUGGAGGUGUGCCACAAAAGAUGCGAUCAGACAACGGUACUGAGAAUAGCAUUGUUGAAGCUUUGCAAAUAUUUCUGCGAUCACAAGAUAAUGAUGAACAUUCUGGUCUUGCCAGUUUUUCUAUUGGCACGUCUACAUCGAAUCAAUGAAUAGAAGCCUAUUGGUCUCACCUUAUUAGGGAUGGGCCCAGGUGGUGGGUAAAUUUCUUCAAAGACUACGUGACUUUGACUUGUAUAACAAUUCUGAUCCUGUUCAAGUCGAUUUGAUACGAUUUUGCUUUAUGGACAUACUCAGAGAUGAAUUACACAAAAUUGCUGAAAUGUGA